UCAACGUAUGCGGGAGGUUGAAUAACAUCGACCUAUCUUUGGUAUAUACAUAUAUAAUGACGUGAAGUGAAAUAAAGAAAAGCGAAGGAAGCGAAAUGUAGUACGUAUAUAUAUUUCACCGGUGUAAAUUAUAAUCCGCCGGAGUUGCCGCGCAGGAAUUACGGUCUCCUACCGGUGUAAAGGUGUCCCGGGAUUGGUGGAGCGAGAAACGAACGAAUGAGCUGGGAGCCUUCGAGCGGCCUCUUCGACAGUUCGCCUCAGACACUCGACUCAAAACGUUGAAAAGUUAAAUUGUAUUACCUCGAUUCGUGGCAGCUGCAGCUGGUUUAGGCAACUCGGAAAUCGUAGCGGAUAAAACGGUCGUCGGGUUUUUUUCCGUAUCAGAUGAAACUGAAAGUGCGACGAGACCGAUGUGAGUAUAUAUCGAAUCUGAUCCGCGGACUCCGGAUGCCGAAGGACUGACAAGCGGAAUUGCCGGAGGAAUUUGAACACCGGCGGAAUUCGUUCUUCACGAAAGAUGGAGACGAAGUCGAUUGUCUGAGGCAACGAAUCGGCUGUGGGAGUAUAAACGGUGAUCUACGUAGUGAAGUGGAAAAUCAAUCAUCCGACAAAAGCUCGGUAAAUGGUAGAAUGGAGAACUGCGGAGGCGGUCAACGCCUACCACCCGACGGGGAUGAGUUCCCUGCCACAUAUCAAGAAUUCAGUUCUUCGUCGCACCAGUACCAGUUCGUAGCCGCUGCGAGGGUGUCGUCGACCCUGCAGGUUUCCUCAAACUGCGGUGGGCAGCAGCAGCAGCAACAACUCCUAACCGGGGGGGAUACCGAGGUAUUCUCGAAGAGCGAAACCUUCAAGCUUCUUACCGCUGAAAGUAAAAAUAAUCCGUUCAACUCGUCGUCGAUACCGUCGAACGAUUUCAACGAGUCGUCAAACGACGAACAGGACGAUACCGGCGUACUUCGGGACUCCAGAGCGCUCAAUUCCAGAAGCACGACGACCAACACCGACGAUUCGGCGUACAAGGAGGUCGCCACGAAUUCGUCGGAAAAAAUCGCCAGGAAAAUUAUCGCAAGCUCAUCCUCGCCGAUGGACGAUUACCCCUACCGCAACGGAGGAUCGUGCGGACCAGAGAGAAACGUGGUCUCCGAAAAGAAAUUCACUAUAUCCGGAUACUACGGUGACAAUGCCGGCAAGACCACCGAGUCGACCUUCGUUCCAACGGCCAAUGAAUCUCCCACGGAACUCAGCCCACCGCCGCUCCCGACUACCAGACCUCCGAAGAUCGACGUACCUACGCCUAAUGCCAAGAACUAUACGCGAAUCAUCAAUCAACCGCAGCAAACAUCGCAGAGGAAAUUUCUGUCGAACGGCGAUCUGUGGCGUCAGGACGAUAAAUCGGAGAAAUCUGUGAGGGACAAAAUAGCGAUGUUCUCGUCCCAGAGCAGCCUGGAAGCUCCUCUGUUUCCCAGUCUGGUGGCGACCACCCCGAUGGCGCAGACUUCGCUGCCAGGUGCGAAAAGAUUGUCCAAGUACAAAUCGUCGGAGGAUGUGUUCGCCGACGAUACCUCGCUCGGACAGAAGGAAAAAUCGCCGUUCACCGAGCGUACGAGAAGCUCGUUCGAUCUCAGCACUUCCUCGGGUGGGGAAAAGUACAGUCCCUAUCCCCCGAGUUUACCGCUCACCUCGCCGCCCGGAUCGCCGACUUCCAAAAACGCUCCCAGUUUUCCCGCGUCUCCGAAAUUCUCUCCACACGAGGCGAAACCGUCCAUAAGACACUCGAAAUCAACGACGUUCGAGUUCAAGUCCAUAGUGCCGACACUCUUGGGAGCCUCCCCGACUUCGACGGACGGCGGAACGCCCCUCAGGACCGGCACGGCUUACUCUGGAUCCCUGGCACCCUCGCCAAUCGCGUUGAACAGGGCUACCAGCUUCUCCGCAGGAUCGACGAAUCUGCACUCGAGGUCACAAUCCCUCAGCGAUCUACCUCCCAGCCCACAAAUUACCAGAACAAACUCCCUCGCUUCAACCUUCAAGAGACCCAACGAGGACAUGAGGAGGACCAGUUUGAAUCAGCUGAUCGAACAACGGAGGAAAGGGAUAUCGAAACUGAGAGGGCUUGUUAUACCGGAAAAGGAAGCUCUUCCGGUAUCCCAACCCAUCGUCGAUCUGCCGGAAAUUAAGUCCAGGGAUUCCAUCCUACUGCAACAGAUUCCCAGGGCUAACAUUCACGACAAAUGGGGCUCCCAGAGCUCGAUAUCGAGCAGUAUCAGCACGGCCAGUGUUCCGGGUAAGAUGACAUCCUUCAAGAUGCCGGAGCCUCAAAACCUGCCGAAAUAUUCUCCCGCUUUCAAGCGUAAAAGUCUAGCUGUUUACGGGAGCAGCGGUUCCUCUACAACCGCGCGAAGUUCUCCCUCGGUAACCACUGCACCGGCGUCGGAGGCACCCAAAAGUCUGGAGUCGAUCUGCAGCCCGACCAGAAGUGAUUUCAGUUUCGAAUACGUCCCCACCGGUGGGUCCCCGCGGUCUAGGGCAAAUUUGAGAAAAGCCAGAACGGAAUACGACGAUUCCGACAAUGAUUCGGCGGUGAGCAGUUCGCAGAGCAGCAUUUCCAGGGGAUUCAGUCCCCCGGUAUCUCCGGUUCCAUCGGAGAGAUCGACCCUCUCCUCGGAGCGGUCUUAUCUCUCGGCUGAAACAACGUCGGGUCAUUCUUUUCACGUGGGCGAAAGUCGUGCCGUCACCCUGGAACGAGCGCAAUUCACCACCAGACCAUCCCUCUCGUAUCAGGGAUCGGAGAGAUCUUCGUCCAAUAGCAGUAGUCCCGAUCCGCGUUCGCCGCAACAAUCCGAGAUCUAUUCCAAAAGUCACCUCCACAGCCAUCCUCUGAAAAGGUCUAGCAGUACGGACACGAACUGCAGUACAUCUUCGACUCUGACUUCCGGUUCGCAGGCGAGUGCGGAAUCGUUAUCUCGAAGGGUUUUGAAACCUCAGAGCGUCGAGGCAAUAAACCGAAAGAAUAUACUGGCCAGUGCGAGGUGCAGAAGCGGACGUGAUCUGAAUGGCUCGCCUUUGAUCCAGAGAAAAUUUUCGGAUGACGAGGAAACCCCCGUGUCCAAAUUGACGCAGGAAAAUGGCAGCUGCAAGGACGUCCAUCGAGGCAUCAACGGGAAGCAGACCACCUCUGCCGAUGUCAAAAUUGCUUACAUCGACGUCACCGAAACGUUCGUGGGAAAUGACGAGAGCGCGUCGGAGGCACCGAAACUUUCGCCGAAAAGAAACUUUGCCAACACCCCGGAGAAAACAUUGACUCCGGAAGCAUCGAACGAUUUGAAAAAAUGGGUACGAGCGGAAGUGAAAACUCUGGUGAAUUAUUCUACGAAGGAAUCGUCUCCUCCGCCGAGUUCUCCGCCUUCGGGGGUGUCGAAACUGGAACAGAAGAAACCUGCGGACGUAGAAGUUCAUCUGCGGAGCCCUCGGAGGAGGUCCUCCCUAAUUACCGAGGGAAAAUCUACCGCUGACAUUCUCCUCACUCCGAGGAGUAGAUCCUCCUUGAUAGUCGAUGGGGAGCAGUCGGUGAUCAGUUCCUUGCAAAAUUCCAAGCCGAGAUCGAGGUCGAGUUUGGUGCUGGAGAAGAAUUCCGAUUGUCAAAAUGAUCUGCUCACUGUAUUGUCGACGAAAAGUAGAUCCAGGUCUACGAUACACGUUGAGGAACGUUCUUUCAGUAGUUUGAAAACUCAGAUGAGUCUGGAAGAAAUACUCGAUGGAAAAGGUGAUUUGACCGUCAGGGAAACGACCCCAGCUAAUAUCGGGAGCGCGCAAAGAUCCUGGGGUAAGGAUCUGAAGUUUACCUCGAAGAUACCAACACCAGAGAGACCGAAACUUUCGGAUAGAACGGCGGAAGAGGGCAAUCCGAGAGAUGAAGCUAAUCAAAAACUGAAUUCUUCGAGAAUUCCAACACCGAGAAGUCUCGGGAGAAGGAGCGCCAGUGUAACUGAUAUGAAAAGGGCCAUAGAGAAGUCGGAGCAGAACUCCUCUGGAGGAAUAACGUCUCAAUUCCAGCAUCACUCCUCGACGACCAAUUCUCACAGUCGUUUUCCGAGCCUGGACAGCAGCGUUGACGAGGGAGGUCAGAGGGACAUUAUGGACUCUGAAAGAUACUCGACCAACGAACAAUUCGGAAGUAUAAGUUCCUUGGCUAGCAGUACGAGUCUGAUAUCGCAGCAGGAAUUGGCGCAGCUGGUCGAAGAGGCAACCCUCGAAGAGCCCAGGGGUGCCCACGACGUUAUCGUUGUUCUGUAUCACAAGGAAAAUCCGGCGGGAAGCGUUGGCAUCGCCCUCGCCGGGGGGGUCGAUUGCGAAACUAAGGAAAUCACGGUGCAUAGGGUCCUCGCGCAUUCCAUCGCUGAUAAAGAUGGACGUGUUCAACGUGGGGACAGGAUAUUAAGCAUCAACGGAAGGAGCACAAAGGGACUCUCGCAUCGAGAGAGUCUCGCUGUGCUCAAACAACCGAGGUCGGAAGUAGUCCUCGUCGUCUCUAGGGCCAGGGAUGAUUUCGGUGGAAGACUUCGAUCCAGGACGGAAAGCGUGGAAACUAUUGUCGAAGGGUCAGAAUCGAACGGUGGAACGGACGAGCAAACUGCCUGGGGCCCCCCGGUAACUGUUGCUAUUUUCAAGGACGGGGCUGGCUUAGGAUUUAGUCUGGAAGGCGGACGGGAUAGUCCGUUAGGCGACAGGCCUUUGAUUGUAAAAAAAAUAUUCACCGGUGGAGCAGCGGAAAAAACUGGAGCGCUCAGAGCUGGUGAUCAAAUACUGGAAGUCAAUGGUAGCGACGUAACCAGGAUGUCAAGAAUAGAAGCCUGGUCCCUAAUGAAAAAGUUGCACGACGGCGAAGUCAGCCUCCUAGUCAGGCAUCCUGCCACUAAAUCUUCCUUCUAGAUAAUUAUUUGAUGAAACUCUCCAAUUGAAUUCUGAAUCUCUACUGAAUCGGCCAUUGCUAAUUGACUGUGCAGUCCACAUUGUAUCAGGUAAUCGUGAGUAAUUAUUAACGAUAAUUCAAUUAGACAAAUUCAUUUUAGACAAUGGUGACAAAUAUAUCUUUAAGAUUAUUAUAUUCAUAGUUUAAUCAGAAUCUAUCAUCCUACAAUAUGUGCUAUGCGAGACCUAUAGCAAAAUUUAUACGUUAUAACUUUUGAAGUCAAAUCUGUUUUCUCGUACUAUGCAAGCGAUAUUUUUGAAAUCAUAUGUUAUUAUCGCUGUAAAAAAAAGAAUUUCUUCAAUAAUACAUGCUAGUCAUGGUUUGAUUAGUAAAACGAAAUUCGUGAUAAUAACAGUGAUGAUCUAGUAGCAUAAUAAUAAUAAAAUUAUGAACGGCGGAAACACCUUCAAUAAUAUUCUAUUUUUACCAGGCUUUUCGCGUUAUCGUUUUAACGUUAUAUACAUAUAAUAAUAUUGUAAAUUAAUUGAACUGACAAUUUGUAAUUUCUAUUUGCUUUUUUUUUUUCUUUUUUUACAUGAUAGCGAUGAAGUGCUGGUAGUGCAAUAAUAUCUCAUAUAUGUAUACCUAUUAGAAUGUAGAGAUAAACGAAUCGACAAUGAGAGAUUUCGUCGUGCAAGUAGGGAAAUUGAUACAACUAUACGUUUGCUUGAAUUGUAAAUGAGUUAUAUUGUAGAUGCGAUAUAAUUUUUUUUUAAAACCACAGGUAAAUUAUAAAUAUAUAUAAAUGUAUACACACUAGUUUUUUACCAUAUCUAUCGAGCAUGUCUUACGAGUGUCUUAUUCAUAAACAAGGCACUUAAUAAUUCAUUGUUUUUUUUAUCGUUAUCAAUGCUUUGUGAAUAAAAUGAUGAUUCACAAGCAACAAGCGAACAGUCGAUGCGUUGCUGACAUGCUUGGCACAUUUUAUUGUCACGGUAAACAAUAAAUAAUUGAUUGUGAACACUGCGUCAUGUACACUUGCAUAAUAUCAAUAUUACUGAUAGGGAUUACCGAUAUAUCCCGGUGUGAGACCCUCGUGUCUACCGAAGUGAUAUGGGUUUUGAUUUACCUAUUUGUAACUAUACCUACCUAAGUAUAUUUACGAACAACCACUUCACUAAUAACACUAAAAAUACUUCUAAAUAGAUUAAUCUUGUAAAUAGUGACUGAUAGUAUGAUUGAGAUAUAAAUAAUAUAGAAUACGAAAAAGAGAAAAAAAAAUUGUUAUUAAUAUAAGAAAGUAUACUUAUGUUAUUAUUGGAGUAUUUAAAUUUAAAAUUGCUGUUUCUUGGAUCUGAGUUCAUUUAGAAAAAAUGAAAAGAAAAAUGAGAAUCAUGCUGUGAUAUGGUCUGUGGCGAUGUUCUUUGGCGCUUGGCUAAUACCCUAGUUGUUUAUUCAAAUAUGUAAUCCAAUAUUCUCAGUUAACCCAAUUAAGUUACUGGCCCCCCCACACCUACAUUACCGUCUAUUCAUUUCAACUAUCAAUUUAUAAGUAAAGCUGGUAGCUUCUCCUAACAAUAAACAAUAUUGCAUUAAAUAAUAAUAACAACAAA